AUGACCGCGGAACAAGAAGGAUUCUGCCCUCAAAACGGCGGAGGCCACACGAUGAUGCCCAUACAGGAGAGCUUCCAGACGUUGGCGUCUCAGGCACUCGCUUCGUCUGGGGCCCAAGAAGCCCCCAUCGGCGCUAAGAACCUGCACUCCACUUGCACCACCCAGGCUUGUGAGUGGCUCCUCACCACUGGCCUCAUGAACGGAAGUACAAUGGAAAAAGCCACGUUCUUCAAGGGUGUUGUAUACAACGGCGAGGACCACACUGUGCCUGUUCCUGGCAUGUACACCAAUUUUCAGAAAGGGGUUCAGCCGGUUGCUUUUUUCACGGCGAGGGACAAAAUCCUCGUGAAAAUGGUACGCACAGGCCAAUGGGAGAAUGAGGUUCCUGCUACUGUGUACUACACGUGGGUCUGCGAGCACUACGAGUUUACACCUGAGGAAUCGCAAACAGCCCCUUCGACUGAUGAUAAUGGUUUCCUUAUUCCUUCACCCAAGAAGUUUCCGUGGUGGGCUGGGCUACUCAUUGCAGUGGCAGUCUGUUUUUUCAUCGUAAUCGUGCUUUUGGUGUGCUGCUGCUGCCGAAAAUACAGUAAGGAGAAGGAGGAAGAAAGAGAGAUUGAAGCGGUGAUGAAUGGAGGGGACAAUAUUCAUCGUAUUCCCACACAGUCCGAAUUGGGUAUAGGCCGAUCCUCAAGCAUAUACCAGGAUGGCGACGGCGGGUUCGGGCUCGGAGAUUCAGUCUACCGGAGGGGAGGAGUCUCACGUGAGAAUAGUGUGGCGAGCAUGAGGCGGCAGAGCAGUGUGGCGAGCAUGGGACAGCAGAUCAGAUUGGGGAGCAUGAGAAGGCAGGGUAGUAUGGUUAACCCGAAUGGUCCUGGCAGUAUGGGCGACAUGCGUCCGUUGGGGGGUAUGGGUGGCGAGGUACCUUAUGGUUUCAACCCGUUUGCUGGUGAGUACCCUGAACCGAAUGGAUUUCAGCCACAGGGAGCGUUUGGUGGCCAAGUCGCAUAUCCGCCGGGAGGUGGAUACAUGCAAUGA